AUGCCCUGGUUCGGAGUUAUCCGUGACGACCAUGAAAGACUCGAGACCGCAGAAGCCGGUACUUGGGAGGAGAUCUCCGAUGCGCACCGAGAUAUGUGUCUAGCUACCCGGAAGCCCUCUGGAGAAUCGAGCCAGAAACGUGCAGUUAGCUCUUAUACCUGCCCCGGCGUGACCCACCUCACUGGACUAGGUGAUUUAUCGGACGCCCUACUAGGUAGGAUCAAGUGGUCUGAAUGGUCUGUGAUUUCAGAGCUGAACCUGUUGUUCGGAGAGGACCAACAGGCCGCUUAUAACUGGUCAUUCUUCCACCUUUUGAAAGAAGGCCUACCUGUUCCCGAGCCGCACUUGGAGUAUCAAAAGGACUUGGGUAGCGAUAUCAGCGACGCCAGUGACGUCGACGGUGAUAACGAGAUGGAGAACGAGAUAGAGGAUGACGCGGAGGGCGCUCCUGUCCCUAUAGAGACGUGA